AUGGCCCUUGUAUGCAGAGACCCUAUAUUCGCUGAAGCUCAGAAGAUUAGCAUCUAUCGAGAGGCCUAUCAAAAGCUGAAGCAGCUGUGCGCAGAAUCAGGCUGCUCAUACGGACACCGAGGGAAUAAAUGCCUUUUUUCCCUCGACGAUGUGCGUUACUCCAACGUCCGUGCCUUGAGUCAGCCCGCUUUUCCUCGCAUUCGCGCGCCUCCUGGCCCGUGCCCUCAUGGGCUUGCCAAAGUCCCGCCUGAGCACCGUUCGAUCCCGCUAAUUGAGAGUCCCACUGGUUGGGGCAUCUCCGUCGCGGCGCUCAUUGCGCGAUGGCCCGACGUCUUACCCCCUACUUAUCAUAGUGCGCCGUUCAACCAGACAUACGAUGUCUGUACCUACUAUUUCACGCUGCGCCCAUGGAUUCGCGACAAAGUGUGCGCGGCCGUGGCAGUCAAGUGCCAUGGCGAGGGGAUGACCACGGGCUCCCUCCUGCGCCAUAUCGCAGUGAACAUGGUCUGCGCCCUCCAUGAAAAAACCACCGGACUCUCGAACCUGGAUCUUUUCAAGCUGCUCCUGCAUGUUCAUAUCCAGCAGUUGGUAGUCACCGGCUACGACCCAGAGGAGAAAAAUAUUUUCAUAGAAGUUCGUUGGGAGGAUGCAUCACUCAUGUAA